UGAUACACUACGCCCUAGCUUCUUUCCUAUAUAAAGAGGCCCUAGCUUCAAGCCUAGAAUGCAACACACACUAUACUCAUCAGGUAAUAUAAUAAAGCUAUAUAUCUCGAGCUAGCUAGCUGGUGUGUAGUAAUAAAAUAAUGGGCGUUGCCAUGGCCAUCAGGACGGUGGUGUUGCUCCCCGCCGUGCUCACGCUCCUCUCCUUCCUCCUCCUACCCUUGGCCUCCCUGGCGCUGACGCAGGACUUCUGCGUGGCCGACCUGACCUGCAGCGACACGCCGGCGGGGUACCCGUGCAAGUCCAGCGUCACCGCCAACGACUUCUACUACCACGGCCUGGCCGGGCAGGGCAAGAUCAACCCGCUGAUCAAGGCGGCCGUGACGCCGGCGUUCGUCGGCCAGUUCCCGGGCGUCAACGGGCUCGGCAUCUCCGCGGCGAGGCUCGACAUCGAGGUGGGCGGCGUGGUGCCGCUGCACACCCACCCGGCGGGCUCCGAGCUCCUCUUCGUGACCCAGGGCACCGUCGCCGCCGGCUUCAUCAGCUCCGGCUCCAACACCGUCUACACCAAGACGCUGUACGCCGGCGACGUCAUGGUGUUCCCGCAGGGACUGCUCCACUACCAGUACAACGCCGGCACCGGCCCCGCCGUCGGCCUCGUCGCCUUCAGCAGCUCCAACCCCGGCCUCCAGAUCACCGACUUUGCCCUCUUUGCCAACAACCUCCCGUCCGCCGUCGUGGAGAAGGUCACCUUCUUGGACGACGCGCAGGUCAAGAAGCUCAAGAGUGUGCUCGGCGGCAGCGGUUAAAACUUGUUUUUUUCUCGAUGGAACGAAGCUGAGCAUAUGGUCGUCGAUCGUCGCCUUGGUCUGUGUACGUCGUCAUGGAAUGGAACGUGUCUGCAUGCAUGCGUCGUGCACCUGUCGUCAAUGUCAAAGUAGUCGUGGUGUAUUUCAUCUUACCCUUUUUAUUCAUGUAUGUACUUUUCAUUCAAGGAUGUAUUUGCAGUUCCAUUGCAGUUUGCUGCAAGGGAAGAGAGUAAAAUGUGCAUCUGAUUGGUUCUAAUUAUCUGUGUGGUCCAUGUCAUUUGUAAAGCUAUAUAAUGACUGCUCAUUUGGUUCAUUAUAAGGCUA